UGUUUUUAUUUUCGUUUUUAACAUGUCAUCUUAGAGAAAUUUCACGUAUAAAAAUAUGUUUAAAAUCGUUCUAAAUCAAAAUUAACGUUAAAAAUAAUCUUCAAAAAGCACCUCUCUGGGUGGUAUUAAUAUAUUUUCAUUUGUACUUUGCCUUCGACUAAAAUUCUCGUAAAAUCUCGUCGUGUCACGAUGGUGUCUAAAAUGGUGUUUUUCCGUCGCUUUAAUAACAUUAAAUCAUCGAUUUUAGCCAAUAUGGUUCGAAAGUAUGCGAGUAACGCCGCCCAUAAAGACUUGAUUGUUGAAAAACUCGAAGGUGUAGAUAGCGGAAUUACCGUGUUUGGAUUGAAUCGCCCCAAACAGAAAAAUGCCUUCAGUAUGAACCUCGUAAAUGAAUUGUCAUCGAAAUUAUUUGAAGCUUCCAUGGAUUGUAAUCUUAGGGUAUUAAUAAUCCGAAGUUUGGUACCAGGAGCGUUUUGCGCUGGUGCCGAUUUAAAAGAACGUUUAUCAAUGAGUCCUCAACAAGUUAAAACGUUUGUCAAUCAAUUAAGAAGCGUCAUAAACACUGUACAUAAUCUACAAGUUCCUGUAAUCGCUGCUUUGGAUGGUGUCGCUUUAGGAGGAGGUUUAGAACUUGCAUUAGCUUGCGAUUUGCGGAUUGCAUCAUCAAGUGCUAAAUUAGGUUUGGUUGAAACUAAAUUAGCUAUUAUUCCGGGAGCUGGAGGCACUCAACGAUUAACUAGGUUAAUUAACCCGUCAAUCGCUAAAGAAUUAAUUUACACCGGGCGAGUUUUCGAUGGUGACGAAGCCGUUAAAAUGGGCGUCGUUAAUCAUUCAUUAAAACAAAAUGAUGGUGAUGAUGUUGCAUAUCAAAAAUCAUUAGAUAUUGCGAGAGAAAUUGUUCCAAAUGGCCCCGUUGGUGUUCGAAUGGCGAAAGCAGCGAUUAAUAAAGGAUUAGAAGUUGAUUUAAACACGGGAUUAUCAUUUGAAGAGGCUUGUUACGCCCAGGUUAUCCCAACGAAGGAUAGAACGGAGGCUUUAAAUGCUUUCCAUGAGAAAAGACCACCCAAAUAUAUCGGAGAAUAAAAAAAAAUUUAUACAUGUUUUAUUUGUAUUUGAAGAGGUGCUUUUUGAUCAUAUUUGUUGAAAAUAAAUGUUAUUUUUUUGAA